AUGACACUACUCAACGACGCGCUCCGCGCCGAGCUGACACGCAUGUACCGCGCGCCCGACCGCUUCUACCACGGGCUGAGCCACGUCGACGCACUGCUGGGACUGCUCGCGACACAUCGCGCGGCGGCCGCCGACGCCGACGCCGUCGAGGCGGCCAUCUGGUUUCACGACGCCGUGUACGACGCGCGCGCCGCGGGGCCUGCCAACGAGGUGGCGAGCGCCGCGCUGGCCGUAGCGCGCCUAAGCGAGCUCCCGCACGUUAGCUCAGACCGCGUCGCCAAGAUCGCCGCCAUGAUCGAGGCCACGGCGUCGCAUGUCGUGCCCGCCGCGUUGGAGGGGGAUGACGGCGCGCGAGCGGACGCCGCGUUGUUCCUGGACAUGGAUCUGAGCAUCCUCGGUGCUGAGGCGCAAGUGUUUGAUGCGUACGAGGCGGCUGUGCGCAAGGAGUAUGCGUGGGUUCAUGACGAGGCGUGGCGCAAGGGCCGCGCCGACGUCCUGCGCCGGUUUCUGGGCAGGGAGCGCAUUUUCCACUCGGAGCUGUUUCGCGCGCUGUAUGAGGACGCUGCGCGCGGGAACUUGCAGAGGUCGCUUGCGAGGUUGUAG